CUACACCAAGCCUUUUCACUUUCAUGUUAGGGAGGUAGUGGGUGCAGCUUUAGGGGUCCUGUUGCAACUGCAUGGCUCAACAUAUAGGCCAGUUGCAUAUCUGUCUAAGAAGUUAGAUAACAUAGUCACAGGUAUGCCAGCAUGUCUUUGUGCUGUGGCUGCAGCUGCUCUGAUUGUACAGAUGGCUGAGAAAACUGUGCUGUCACACCUUUUAAUAUUAUAUGUAUCCCAUCAGGUUCGAUCUGUUGGAUACGCCCCUAGAGGGGGGAGAACACAUUUCUGUUGAUGGGUCUUGUUCAAAGCCCUCUGACGGUGUCUACCUUUGUGGCUAUGCUGUGAUUUCCGAUUCAGGAGAGUCAGAACUGGAAGUAUUGGAGAAGCAGAUCCACGAUCUACUCGAGAGGCAAACACGUCUGCGAGAACGUAAAACGGCGAUGGAAACAUCCCGGGCUGACGCUCGCAAAGCUGCGGUAAGUGUUCGACGUGAUUGUAAUACUCCUAUCACUUCUACUCCGUGUGUUUCUAUGCACAGAGCCCAGGCUUCAAGAACACGACGAGCCGAAAUGAACUUCACUCCUGCACCUGCCCACACACGGCGGAAGGCGAAAUCCAGGACCGGAGCGAUGACCUCUCCCCCACCGCCGCGACCGGUCUUCGAGAUUUCUACGAGAAAUCGCUUUGCCGCCCUCUGCGAGACGAAAUCCAACGCUGUGGUCAUCGGAGACUCAAUCGUCCGGAACGUACGCGCCUCCUUCAAUGAAGGCUUUUCCGCCCCGACGGGCUGCACCCCAGCAGCAUUGGAGCGGAAAUUCUGUCUGACAACAUCUCAAAGACGCUACGCACCAUUUGACUAGUAAGUACAAAUUUUAACUACACUCUGUGUUCUUCUCACCCAACUGUUAAGAAUGUUACUGCUUUCAAAUGCAUAGAGACUGUGUCUGUCCCCCGAAUAAUACAACCAAAUAAUAAUUUAUUUAAAAGUCAGAGAAAAAAUCUUAUCAUGAUUAAACCAAAAGACAAUAUAUUUAAUGAGCAAAACCAACGCCUAAAGUUUGGGCUACUUAAUAUUAGAUCACUAAAUCCAAAAGCAGUUAUUGUAAAUGAAAUGAUCACAGACAACAGUUUUGAUAUACUUUGCCUCACUGAAACCUGGUUUAAGCCAAAUGAUUAUUUUGGUCUAAAUGAGUCUACUCCUCCAAGCUACGGUUAUAUUCAUGAGCCACGUCCGGUUGGUCGAGGUGGUGGUGUCGCAACAAUCUUUAGAGACUUCUUACCGUUACUCGGAGAACAAUGCAUACAUUUAAAUCAUUUGAAAUGCUUGCGUUGAACAUAACAGUUCCAAACAAAAGUAAAAAAUCAUUGGUCUCUCUUACAUUGGUUACUGUGUAUAGACCCCCUGGGCCUUACACUAAUUUUCUGAUAGAGUUCGCAGACUUCUUAUCGGAUCUAUUGGUUAACGUCGAUAAAGUACUGAUUGUUGGAGAUUUUAAUAUCCACGUAGACAGUGCUAACGAUCCAUUAGCUGUGGCGUUUAAAGAACUACUCGACUCUUGUGGUGUAACACAAUACAUCAAUAGACCUACUCAUCGCCUUAAUCAUACCCUAGACUUGAUUAUAUCUCACGGAGCCGAUCUAACCAAUAUCGAUAUUAUACCUCAAAGCGACGAUGUUUCCGAUCACCAUCUUAUAAUAUGUACACUGCGCACUGCAGAAAUCAGUUGUAUAUCACGUUAUCGACAAGGUAGAACAAUCACCUCAACUACUAAAGAUAGUUUCGUAAAGAACUUGCCAGAUCUGACUUCUCUAAUAACCUUUCCAACGAAUAUAAAAUUGCUCGAUGACAUGACCAGCAACAUGGGCACUAUUUUCUCUAAUACAUUAGAAGCGGUCGCACCUAUGAAGUCAAAAAGGAUAAAUGAAAAGAACAUAGCACCAUGGUAUGAUAACACCACUCGCGCCCUAAAAAGAAAACGCGUAAACUGGAGCGAAAAUGGAAACAAACCCAAUUAGAGGUCUUUAAAAUUGCAUGGAAAGAGAGUGCAAGCUGUUACAAAAAGGCACUAAAAUGAGCAAAAGCCGAGAAUCAGGAAGAUUUAAUUAAAAUUAUUGCAACAUCCAAACCGACGACAUACUUAUUAGACCCCAUUCCGACUACUUUAUUAAAAGAGUUACUACCUGCUGUAAUUGAGCCCAUUUGUAACAUAAUCAACUCGUCUAUUAAUCUAGGACAUGUCCCAGGACCCUUUAAACUGGCUGUAAUUAAGCCUCUUAUCAAAAAACCAAAUUUAGACCCAAAUGAACUUGGAAGCUAUAGACCGAUUUCAAAUCUCCCGUACUUGUCUAAAAUACUAGAAAAAGUAGUGUCAACUCAACUGUGUACCUUCCUACAAAAUAAUGACAUGCACGAAAAGUUUCAGUCUGGCUUUAGACCGCAUCACAGCACUGAAACUGCGCUCGUUAGAAUUACAAAUGACCUUCUUAUUGCUUCAGAUAAAGGAAACAUCUCACUCUUAGUCCUGCUUGACCUUAGUGCUGCUUUCGAUACUGUAGACCAUAAAAUACUACUAGAUCGUUUACACCAUUAUAUCGGUAUUCAGGGACAGGCACUGCAAUGGUUCAGAUCUUACUUAACAGACCGAUAUCAAUACGUCCAUUUAAAUGGGAAAUCGUCAAAUCUUACGCAAGUCAAUUAUGGAUUACCUCAGGGAUCGGUUUUAGGACCCUUGCUUUUACGAUCACGUAACCCCAGUUUUAUCAUCGCUUCACUGGCUACCCAUUAAGUAUCGCAUUGAUUUUAAAAUUAUUUUAAUUACUUACAAAGCCCUGAACGGUUUAGCACCUACUUACUUAACCGAGCUUUUAUCACGUUACAACCCAUCACGCUCGCUGAGAUCUCAAAACUUAGGACUUUUGACAAUACCUAGAAUAACAAAAUCCACCAAAGGUGGACGAGCUUUCUCAUACGUAGCACCUAAACUCUGGAAUAGCCUUCCUGAUACUAUUCGAGGGUCAGACACACUCUCCCAAUUUAAAUCUAGAUUAAAGACACAUCUUUUCAGCCAAGCUUUCACUUAAUGCAUAGUUAAUGAACAGCAGCUACGCUAAUUAUUCUCUUUAUUCUCUUUCCGCCUCUGCCUCGGGAUGCCCAUCCCGAGGUAGGAAGAAGUUCCACCAUGUCCAGACGACCGACAGAUGCCCAUCCCCAAUUUGAGAUUACACCAGAUACAGCUGCAGACUGACUGACCAUCCCAGCUCCAUCUAAGGCAAUUCCACCAGCUGCCAAGUGAAAUAUGACCAUCGGACCAUCCCAGCUCAGACCACUACAUCCCCAACCAAGAGCAAAGACGGACUAUUUGUCUUAUUAAUGCUGAAGUUACAAUAUUUGGUAUUAAAUGCUAAACUAAAAUCACAUGUCACCAGUCUGAGUGCAGCUAUGACACGUCAGAGGGGAUCUGGCCCUCCCGGUUGAGCCUGGUUUCUCCCGAGGUUUUUUUCUCCAUUAAUCAAUCAUUGGAGUUUGGGUUCCUCGCCACAGCAGGGCAGUGUUGGCCUGCUCACCGGGAGACUGCAUUCAUUCAUUUAUUUAUUUAUUUAUUUAGAAAUUAGAUGUUAUUUAUUAGAAUGAACUUACUCGUUGUAUAAAUACCAUGCACUGUGCUGUGUUUUAACUUUUCUGUUUUUCCUGUUUGCCCCUGUAAAGCUGCUUUGAAACAAUACACAUUGUGAAAAGCGCUAUAUAAAUAAACUUGAAUUGAAUUGAA